GUCAUUUCACUUCCGGGGGCCGCAGUCGUCGCUGCGUACUAAUAGCACGCCUCCGUCCCUGCUUUGACUCUUCUGUUCAUCUUCAGGUUGCAGACCUCCGCUUCCAAAUUCUGCUGUGCUUUCCGUAAAGACAGUCAUUUGUCUCAAACACCAUGUCUGCUGGAAACGCUAAGAUCGGCUUCCCUGCCCCAAACUUCAAAGCCACAGCUGUAGUGGAUGGACAGUUCAAGGACAUCCAGCUGUCAGACUACAAAGGGAAGUAUGUGAUUUUCUUUUUCUACCCACUGGACUUCACAUUUGUGUGCCCCACUGAAAUUGUGGCCUUCAGCGACCGAGUAGAGGAGUUCCGCAGCAUUGGCUGCGAGGUUAUUGGCUGCUCUGUAGACUCUCACUUCUCUCACUUGGCAUGGGUCAACACACCAAGGAAGCAGGGAGGUCUGGGUAACAUGAAAAUCCCCCUCGUAUCAGACCUCAGCAAGUCAAUCUCCAAAGAGUAUGGCGUGCUGAAAGAAGAUGACGGCAUCUCAUACAGGGGUCUCUUUGUGAUUGACGACAAGGGCGUCUUGAGGCAGAUUACCAUUAAUGACUUGCCUGUGGGUCGUUCUGUGGACGAGACUCUGCGCCUGGUUCAAGCCUUCCAGCACACAGACAAAUUUGGAGAGGUGUGCCCUGCUGGCUGGAAACCCGGGAGUGAUACGAUCAUCCCCGAUGUUGAGAAAAGCAAAGCAUUCUUCUCCAAGCAGUAAAUGUGGAGGUUCAGCCCAAUUCAGCCCUUUUCCUAACCAUAGCACUUGGCCUCAGAUGACGGGUCCCUAUGAAGCAGUAUCGUCACGUCCAGUCUAACCUGCUAAAAUAUGUCUGAGCUUCUCACAGGAAGAAAAGUUCUUUACAAAUUUUGUUUGUCCAGUGUACAAAUAUUGGGUAAUCUGAUUGUCUUGAGCACUGAAAGUAUAGUUUUGUUCCUUUUUCAAAGAAAGUAUUGCUAUUUUUCCUGCUUGUGGAUAAUUUGCUACCAUCUUUAAUAAAACACGGAGGGGGAAAGUUG